AUGUUAUCCACGAAUGUGUUCUGUCGUCGUAUCAAUUUCAAUUGCACAUACCUACGGAGUACACAGUACUUGAUCCUAUUUCCAGGUGGGUUAUACUCACAAACUGCUAAGCGAACAUGUACUCCACAGCGCACCCGUUAUCAUACAACUAGCAUCAUUGGUCUAGUGGUAGAAUUCGUCGUUGCCAUCGACGAGGCCCGUGUUCGAUUCACGGAUGAUGCACAACAAUUUAUUUUUUACAACUUCUUUCGCUGA